AAUACGUCAUUGAAUUUCAAUCUCCGUGGACAUGUGUACAUUCAGGCGGGUUUAAGGCCAGCAUUACUAAAACAUAAGCUAGUAAAUGUUCUGGUGGAGGCAUGUCUAUGCUCGGGAGCCAAGGAUACCACCACCAACCCAGGGAAACCACCAAAAUUAUCAAAUAAGAAAUGGAGAAAGAAGUUCAGGAACAAGCCUGCAUCAAAUGAACACCUGCCCUGGGAGGAGAGACUGGCCGACGCUGUCACUCCUCUGUGGCGCCUGAGUUACCACGAUCAACUCCAGCUGAAACAGAAGCACCAGGAGAGGAUCCUACUACAGCUCUCAGAUCAGCUCUUAUGUGGAGAGUCGACCCAACAUAAGGCCUUGACACAAUGUCCUUCUCCACCCAGGAGUACCAAACUCAGCUUCCCUCUGCUGCCUAUCUUACCGUCACCUGUCAGGGACGGCUACCGCAACAAGUCUACCUUCUCAGUCAACCGUGGCGUGGAUGGCAACCCUAAGACGGUGGGGUUCUACGUGGGAACGGGAAAGGUGGGAAACAUUGUGUGUGUGAACGGGGACCACCUCCUCAACAUGCCCGAGAGACAUAAGCUGGUGGCCAGGUGCUACCAGGACUUCCUCCGCCUUUCAGCCCUGGAGCCCUGUCUGCUGUUCCACGACGGAGGCCACUGGAGGGAGGUGACAGUGAGGACCAACGCAGCAGGCCACACCAUGGCCAUCGUCUAUUUCCACCCACAGAGGCUCACCCCGGAGGAGAUAGAGGUCCAUAAGUCCUCCCUGGUGGAGUACUUCACCCAGGGGCCUGGUGCCAUCUGCCAACUAGACUCCCUGUACUUCCAGGAGAGCUCCAUGACCCGUUGCAGCCACGAGGAAUCCCCCUACCAGCUUUUGCAUGGCCAGCCACACAUACACGAGGAGAUUUUGGGGUUCAAGUUCCGCAUCUCGGCAGACGCCUUCUUCCAGGUGAACCAAGGGGCGGCGGAUUCGCUGUACCGCACAGUGAGAGAGAUGGGCCUCCCGAAUGGAGCUCGAGAGGGAGGAGGAGGGGGCACACUCUUGGAUGUGUGCUGUGGAACGGGGGCCAUCGGUAUCACCAUGUCCCCCAGAGCGGACCGCGUCAUCGGGAUAGAACUCAUCCAGCAGGCCGUGGAAGACGCCAGGCAUAACGCAGCCCUCAACCAGAUCCAGAAUUGUGAGUUCCUCCCUGGGAAAGCCGAGGUUGUCCUUCCUGGGCUCAUGGAGGUCCUGGGCUCCACCACCGACUCUGGAGGCCCCCUCACGGCUGUGGUGAACCCAGCCCGCGCUGGCCUGCAUUAUCGUGUGAUCCGGACUCUAAGGAAUCACUCAUCUAUCCGCAGGCUGCUCUAUAUCUCCUGCAAACCCGAAGGAGAGGCCAUGAGGAACUUCAGGGAGCUGUGUUGCAGUCCCGACCCACAUAGGAAGCUGACAGGCGAGGCUUUCAGGCCGACUGUGGCUGUGCCUGUGGAUAUGUUCCCUCACACGCCACACUGCGAACUGCUGCUGGUCUUUGAAAGAUAGUUAAUUACUACAACUUCCGUAUCAAGUUUUUCUAAUUCUUACACUUAGUGAAUGGUGUCCUCUGGAUUGUGUGAUGACUGCAGAGAUAAAACAUUCAAAUCAGUGGAAACUCAAUUCCAAAAUCCUCUCAAAAAGGAAAGUGAUCAUUACAUUUUUAAAAAUGCUGAGAGCUUUUCAAUGUCAUGUAGAAUGUUGAAUGAAAGUUGUGUUAUUCAGAGAUGCAAGUCUAAUGGGGGGGGUUGUGUCCCUAAAUCCUGCAGCAGCAGUGAAGCAAAACAUUUCCUGCCUUUUGUGAAUGGAUCAAAAGUAGGAAAUGAGUGGAGAGCAGGGGAAGUGUGUUUGGGGUUGCUUGCUCACAAAAUGCAAGAAUAGAUUCUACACUAUCUUCCUGUAUUCUGUGUUUGAAUGAGGCAUAUGCACAUGCUGUAUUUCAUGUUACUUCAUGUUACUUCAUGUUACAUGCCUGAACUGAGUAGGCAUAAAGUCUAUAUCUACACUAGGUGGUGCUAUGGAGUCCAAUGGUCCAACUAUUAACUAAUACUGUGUUGCCUUCAGGUAUGGUACACAUCUUCCAAUAUUGCUGACAUACAAGACAGAAGGUACCCAUCAACUUGAUCAACUAGGGUGGAAUCUAAAGUAUUUUAUCAGUUAACCCUUCUAAAACCCAUAGUUAACAUAUAACAAACUUAGAACAAAAUGCAUCAUGGACAUAUUUGACAAGUUUGGGAUAAAUGCAGGAAGUAAGCAAUUUUCAGUCCUGCUUUAAACCACUUCACUGCCACUAUAGUUCACUGACUUAUUGCAAAUAAUGUUUCAAAUACAGAUUAGGAGAAACCGCCUGUUUGAGCUAGAGAGGUUAUGUUGUUCAUGUGUCGUAAUGUGUUGCAACAAGUGCUCCUUGGCAUGCCUGACAACAGUGUGGUUUUUUUCUCCCCAGAAGUGGUCAGAGGGAUGACGUCAUGCCAGACCUAGACCACCAGAGCUGCUGACCAGUACAUAUCUCCCUAAGCCAGGAGAUAUGUAGCCUGGUCUCAGAUCUGUUCGUGCUGUCUUGUGACAGUGACCAUAGGAGUUGGCAAAACAGCAUAUGAGAUGGCAAGACAGCACAAACUGAUCUGGGACCAGGCUAGUAGAACAGUGACAGGUUGGCGAGACAGAUGACCACAUUGUCAAACAUAGUUGAGAGAGAGAAGUGGAUUCCAGAGAGUCAAGAUGAGCAUGCAUGUUUUGUUUAUCUUUAUGGCUUAGGUGCCAGUCAGUGCCACUUAUAUGACUUGUAUUACAAGGGGAGUUACCUGGUUGUUUGCUAAUCUAGGUUUGUAUCAAACUUGAAUCAGAUUUCAGAGUGAUAACAUUUCUAGAAUGUUCUCUGAUAUAUUGAUUAGUCAACAUCAUAUCAGGGCUGUAAUCAUAAAGCGUCUUAGGGUAGGAGUGCUGAUCUAGGAUCAGUUGAGCCUUUUAGGUUAUAGUGAAUGUACUGGGGGACCUGCGGCUGUAUCAAGGAUCUAGGAUCAGGUCUCCUCUUGUGGUCUGAUUGUGUUCCGAUCUGGCUGACCACUUCAGGAGGACAGUGCCAGGUUGGCAAUCAGGCUACCGAAAGCGCAUACAGUGGGCGACGUCAGCACCCCUCCUACAAGUCUCCAGAAAGCGUGUGUUUUGGGACCGAGAGGCACUUUUUCAUUACAAUGUUGGAGGAAAUAUGUUCCUAGCAUGUGAGGAAUGUGUUUGCUGGCCUCAUACAGCAGUUAGCUACUGCCAUCAGUUGUUGUGUUUGUAUCAUAUUUGACCUAUUCCACCGUUUGUAUAAUGCAAACUGGCAUUUGAAUACAGUGCGGGAAUCCGGACACGGUAGACACAUUUAAAUGUUGGUGUAUGUAGAUACAUCACGGGUUUGGAACUCCAUGAUCAGAAAUCUAUCAUCAGAGUACUAAAGCUGUAUGAACUGUCAAGUCUAGACACGGCCUUAGAUGUUUCAUAUGGCCCCAAAUCCUAGACUAGCAAUCUUACUGACAUGCCGUGUUCAGAGGACAAUUAUGAGCCACUGUUUGAUAACGUGCUUUCCACAGUGCAGGCACACCUAUACCUGUUAACCUUCCAAGGAUUCAGUGUUUGAGCAAGUGAAUAUGGUUUAAAAUCAACCAGACAAUAUCAGGUUAAAUUCCAACCAAUUGUGUAAAUUAUAUGUAUGAUGGGUGUGCUGUGUUUAUCCUACUUGUUCAAUACAGAAAGAGUUUAUUAUCCAACCAUGUACUGUACUUUAUAGGAUAUUUAAGCCUAUCUUGAAGGACUUAUUCUGACAGUCCAAACUGACCAGUAAAAAGGUAUGUUUCCUUUAUGAAAUUAGAGAAUGCAUGUUUCUUUCUGCCUACAAAGAGUUGUGACCUGUAAGAUUAUUUGGCUCAUGGCAGUUUUGAAGACUUGUUGCAACAGGUAAAAUAUGGGGCAUGAUGAUAAUUGUGUGUUUGAUCCUUCCAAGGAUCAAGUUUUGGCAAGUUGAAAAUAUUAGGUUGAAGUUCAACCAGUAGGGAAAAUUAAUGUAUGACGGUUGUGCUCUGUAACACAGAACCAUGUACUUUGUAAUUACUAAAGUACUUUUCAGCAGCGAUAUGAGAUUUGUAUCUGCAGUGUAUCUGCACCAAUGAAACUGUAUAAGGUUGGUUGACUCAUGCCAUGAGACAACCAACCUCGCAGGCUGCCUCGUAAUUAGAGACGGGUCGGUAACUUCAGGGUUGCCGGUUUCAAUCCUGGAGCUGACUGGGGGAAAAUCCCCAAAGAUUGAGACGGCAGCCGGAGGGUUACGAAUUUCAACAUCCCAUAACGCCGUUGUGCGUUAGAGCAAGGCACUUUACCCCUAAUUGCUCCAGCAGCCCUUAAUUAUGCUGCUCACGUUUGUGUUUUCUGUCAGGUUGGGUACUGUGACCGCAAAACAUACAUUAUGUCCAUGUAAAUGGACCAAUAAAUGAAGUAUUCUAGUAUUGCAUUGCAGGGGCUUGUCAUGUUUCAACAGGUAGCCUAAAAUAUGGUGUAUUUGUUCCUUCCAAGGAUCCGGUUUUGGCAUAUGAAAAUACUAGGUCAAAGUUCAACCAGGCAGGAAACUCCAUGUACGACAUUUGUGCUCUACUUGUGCAAUAUGGAAAAUAUAUUUGAUGCUUCCGUAUACUUUAUUGUUGUACUUUUAAAGCAAUUAAAUAAGAUCUGUAUUUGUAGUGCAGUGCAGUCUAAACGAUAUACGGUUGGUUGACUCAUUGCAGUAUUGAGGUCAUGUUUUAACAGGUAAAAUAUGGUGUGUUAUUAUGGUGUGUUUGCUUGAUACUGAACACCUGUUGAAAUAUAAGUAAUUUCAUUCAUAAUUACUCUAUUAUAUAAACAUGGGUCAAGGCUACAGGAUGAGCAAUAUUGUUAUAGAAAAUAGUCUAUUGAGGAUCCUAUUGAUUCAAGUGAUUUUAAUAAUAGUUAAAAUAUUGUAUUUGUUUAAUAUGUAUGAGAUUAUAUUCAUAGUUAUUAUAAUCAUGUUUUAAGCAGGUCAGGAUCAGGUCACCCCAUGUCCAUGUAAUCUUAUCCAUUGUGAUGUUAAAAAAAAAAAAAAAAAAAAU